AUGCUCAUGUUUGGAAAGAUACGAAGACAAGAUCAAACACCAUUGCGCGAAGGUGGAACAUGGUUAUGUUUAAAUACUGUUCAGAAAAAGAUUGGCGUUCUAUUGAAUUUAACAUCACGCUUAUUUCCAGAGAAAAAUAUCAAUGCGCAGAGUCGAGGCUUUCUGGUAUCAAAUUUCGUGAAUAAUCCCGAAGUGAAUUUGGAUUCCUAUAUGGAUGAGUUACACAAGACGAAAAUGAACUAUACAGGAUUCAAUUUUCUGGGUCUCGAAAGACAAACGAACGCUAAAAAAUGGCGCGCAAAAUACAUCAAUAACAUCUCUCUCGAAGUACCUCCAAUCGAAAUCGAUGCAUCUAUCUUUGGUUUCAGCAAUCAUAUCUACGGAGAUGAACACGCCUUUGAGAAAACACGCCAUGGUUGUAAUUUAUUAAAGAAGCAUUUAGCAGAAUUAACUGAUAAUUAUACAAAACCAAUUACAGAUGAAAGCGACUUGAUUCGACGAUUAUUUUCUUUAUUAAAUGAUAGUACAGUGUUUGUGGAAGAUUCUAAUCUUGCUGAUGUCUAUUCACAUUACACCAUCGCAAAUCGGAAUCAAAUUUCAUCGAUCAAUGUACUUACAACAGCGGAAGAACGAAACUAUGGAACAAGAACAUCUACGAUAAUUCUUGUCCAUCGCGAUCAAACUGGUCUCUUUAUUGAGAAAACGCUGAGUAAUCCGUUAAUAGCUUCAUCGGAAUGGGUUGAACAUAAAUGGCAUUUUGAUUUGAAUAAUGUUAGUUAUCUUAUUCUUCGGGAAUCUGAUCUUAUGUCAUCAACAAAUGAUGCUUAUCAUCAUCUAUUCGUUCAAACUUUACCGAAAAGCAUCUUGAAAAAAUCGCCCUCGCCGAGGUUUUCUGAUGCAUCAAUCAAUCUUGAAAAUGGUUACGCUUCAAAUCGGACUCCAUCAUCGCCUUCGGAAACGGAAAAGAUCGAUGCUAGCAAAUACAUCUUCGAUAAUCAUCAACUUAAUGAAAAGAAUCUCAUGUUACUUUCAUCGACUGACAAAACAAGCAUUACAUCGGAUGACAAUUUCUGUUCGUAUGAACUGGAUCAUCGAUUGAUACGCAAAAUACCAUGUGCAGACUCCUCGUCGUCAUCGCUUACCUCGGAAGACGAGCUGCAAAAGCCUACUAAGAUCAAAUUAAAGAAGAUCUAUUCGCGUCCAGUAAGAUCAUCAUCACUCUCAUCAAGCGAGAAUACUGACGAGAGAAAAGUAAAACGAUCGGUGGUUGGAUCUAAAAUGACAGAUAUACGUUUUGAUAAACAACGGCAUAACGAUAUGCAGCUCGAUGAAUUCAUGCGUAAGUAUCAACAACACGGAGGCAUUGAUGUCUCGACUAAAGCAGAUCACGUUAAAGUGCAGACAAGCGAAGAAAAUCUGCCAAACAAUGAUGGGAACAAUUAUCGGCAAUCGUCGAUAACACACCAGCGAACUUCUCAUAUUACUAAUGAAGCCAUCAGUAAUGAGACAACAGAUUUCUUAAAAUCAAUAGAUACAAUUCAUAUAUCAACAAAACCGUUCUCACCAUUACAAAUAUUAUUCGAUAUAGCACGAACGGAUUCGUGUGAUCGCCGUACAAGAAUUGAUCGUCUACGUCAUUACGUCGAAGAACAAAUUGGCAUAUCCGCAUUUUUGACCGUGUACAAGUUGAUUAAAUCGUCUCAAAUACCCAUUGAUGUACGACAAAAACCGUUUUGUUAUUAUGCAAGUUUUAUUUCUCAUAUAUGCUGUUUAAUCAUGCUUGAAAGUGAACAACAACGAAAUCGGUUCUAG